AUUUUAUACCGUCUGGGUUCAAUUGGGGUUUAGGGUUAUCUCUGCAGACACCCUAGCAUUGGGUUGAACGCUUUGUAACGGUGGGUACCCUUCAUUAGGGCUGACUGCAGUUUAGGUUUAUAUCUGCGUUCCCAAUCACAGCUUUAUUUGCUUUCUGCCUUACAUCCCAUUCAUCCCACUCACUCGCUGCUGCUGUUGAAGUUGCCGCUGUUGAAGGCUGCCGCCGAAGUUACCGUUGUUGAAGGUUCGCUGCCGUCGAAGUUACCGUUGUUGAAGGUUCGCCGUCGUCGAAGGCUCGCCGCUGUCGAAGGCUCGCCGCUGUCGAAGGCUUUACCGCACUCUGCCGUCGCCGAAGAUUCUGAGAACUCUCUCCUGGAAAACAGAAGCAAAUCUGGAACCCUAAGACAUCUUGUAACGAUCUCUUGUACGUGGAGAGAGCAUCUGGGGUUCUUCCAUCAUCAGUGGCCAAGGGAGAGAAACUUUUGGAAAGCAUUGGUGGCAUAUUCUCCAGAAUUUGAAAACCAAUAAUAACGGUGCAAUAACUUGCCCUGUUGUUUCUGAAGAAUCUCCACAAACAAACCAGCUUUGCUCCAUUAGCCGAUGCAAUUCAGACUCUCUUUUAAAUGAGUGUAAUGGAUUCGGACACUGAUGCACCAAAAUCCAAAACUCCCAAAAAGGAGAAGAACAAGAAGAAAAAAGAUGUUCCCCCUCAACCUGAUCGAAUUGAGGUUGCGGUGGAGGUUGUCCAUGAGCAUCCCAAUAAAACAGCUCCUGUUGUUGGUUAUUUUCCUUCGGGCUAUGAUCCGGUUAAGAAUCAUGCCAGUGGUUCCGGUCCCUCUGAAUUUCAACUUUACAGGCACAAGAACAUGUCCAAGAGGAUGCAGUUUGUUGUUCGCCCUCCUGGAUCUUCGGUGGAAUUUGUUGGAACUAGUUUUUCUGGCGAGGCUGCAGCUGGACACCGGGCCAUGUUCGCGCUUGGACUCCUUGAUAAGGAAGCUGGGACCCUGAAGAUUGUUCCCAUUGCUGGUAAUAAGAUAUUCAGAUUGGAGCCAAAGGUUAAAGGUGUGGACACUGGUGACAAUGAGCCUGCGAACUCAACAUUGGAAGAGAUGACUCCACAGCAGAAGAUUGCAGAGACUACUGCUAUAUGGGGAACAAAGAAGGAUAUAGAGAAGGCUAAAAAGAAGCUAGCUCUCAAACAAGAUGAAGAUCCUAAUUCUCAAAGGAAUCUGAAUGUGAAAAUGAAAAAUGUUUCUGUGAAGAAAAGCGCUCUUCAAAGUACAGAAUCUCAUGUUUCUCGCAACAUACCACCAUAUGAUACUUCUGCAACUACACCUCAGGAGGCAUAUGUAUUGGACAAAAUCAUCCUUACAGGAGAAUGGAAUUAUCUUGAAGACAUUUAUAAAAAAUUGCAUCAGGAAGAAAAGGCAGAUUUCAGUUCUUAUCCAACAUUUGUUCGCAACAGGGUAGAGGGAUUAAGGAAAAUUGAGGAUGAGUCAGAAAAGAGGAAGCUUUCCUGCAUAUUCUCAUACAUCAAUCAUCUGAUAAAGUUCAAAGAUCAGCAUUCCUUUGAUGUUUUCACUGCAAAGGGCCAUAAAAUCCCCAACAUCCUGCGACAUAAAUUUUCAAAUACGUUUGCUGUUUCUGAAUUAAGAAGGCUACCCCCUGAAAAAAUUUCUCUUCUCAUAAGUUACGUGCUGGUGCUUACGCUUUUCGCUGAUAACUUCAAAACCUACUGCACAGAUAUUGCAAAGGAUCUGAGCAUGAAUGUUUUGGCCGUUAGACGAGUCUAUGAGCAAUUGGGUUGCAAACUUAUCCGUCAGAAAAGCUCUCUUAACGGUUUUUGUGCUACUCUUUCUGUCCCUCUUACAUUUCCUGCUGAGUUAAAGGACAAAAAGAGGAAGAGGUAGAUGCAUCACUUGAGUCCCUUUUUAGGUCAUUGACUGUUACAAAUCCUGUGAUGUUAAAACAUUGUUAUCCAACACCUCUUCUGAUAGGAUAUUUGUUAUUAUUUCUAUCUGCAUACAUCUGAACCGUGUUUGCCGUUUUAGUAGUUUAAGAAGCAAUUUUGAAAUUAGCAUACUCUAAUUAUGUUGAUAAAAA